AUGGCUGACGAAGAAAUUCCCAACUUGAUCCAUAAUGAUAUUAAACGUACAGAUUUUCCUGAUAACUUCAUGUUUGGAGUAGGAACAUCUGCUUAUCAGAUUGAAGGUAGUUGGAAUGUAGAUGGUAAAGGCUUAAGUAACUGGGAUACUUUUACCUUAAGACACCCAGACAAGAUUCGUGGAGGUGGCAACGGAUGUGUCGCUGUUGAUAAUUACAGAAGAUGGAAGGAAGACGUUCAGCUGCUGAAGCAAAUGGGUGUAAACCAUUACAGGUUCUCAAUUCCAUGGUCCAGAAUAUUACCAGGUGGGAAAUUAUGCAUGGGCAAAAGCCUAGAAGGCAUCAAUCACUACAACAAGUUGAUAGACGAGUUGAUAGACAAUGGGAUUCAGCCAUUUGUUACUCUUUUCCACUGGGAUCUUCCAAAUGCUUUGGAAGAAGAGUACAUGGGUUUCUUAAGCUCAAAAGUUGUCGAUGAUUUUGUCGAUUUUGCUGAUAUUUGCUUCUGGGAAUUUGGGGAUCGAGUGAAAGAUUGGGCUACACUAAACGAGCCAUAUAGAUUCACAAUCUCUGGAUACGUAGAAGGUGUCUAUCCACCUGGUCGGGGUGGAAAGGGUGAAGAGGGUGACCCUGAAACAGAACCAUAUACUGUCUCAUACAACCUACUUAAUUGUCAUGCAGCUGCUUAUAGAAAAUACGAAAAAGAUUAUAAGGCUCAUCAAAAAGGCAAAGUGGGAAUUACAUUUGACACCAACUUUUUCAAACCAUAUCGAGGUUCAAGUAAUAAAGAUGAUGUCAAUGCUGUCCAAUAUGCAUAUGAUUUUAUGUUCGGAUGGUUUUUAGAACCAUUAACAAAAGGUACUUGGCCAGAAAGCAUGCAAAAAUUUGCUACGUCUCCGACUAAAAAAUACCCAAAUGGUCGACGUUUGCCUAAAUUUUCUGAUGAUCAACUUGUGAAGUUGAUUGGGUCAUAUGAUUUCCUUGGAAUAAACUACUAUACUGCAAAUUUUUCUCAAUUUCAAGCUCCUGCUCCUGAUGUUCGUAUUGGGUAUCUUACGGAUCGUCAUUACACGCCAUCAGGAAAGGACCCCAGGAAGAACCCGAUAGGACCUGUGGCUUUCGAAGGCUCCUGGGUUUAUCUUUGUCCUGAAGAGCUUACCGAGCUCUUGUUGCUUGUGAAGAACAAAUACCAUGUCACAAAAGAUAUUAUAAUUACGGAGAACGGAUCCCAAGAUCAGAACUUACCUGAUAAAACAUUUGUACAAGUUCGAGAUGACACAUUUCGAAUUAAUUACAUAAAAAAACAUCUUGAAGCUAUCAAAAAUGCCAGGAGUCUAGGAGUGAAUGUCAUGGGGCACUUCGUCUGGUCAUUCAUGGAUAGCUUUGAAUGGGUUUUUGGUUAUAAUUCUCGAUUUGGUAUGUUUUAUGUUGAUUACACAAACAAUCUUCUAAGGUACCCAAAAAAUUCAGCAAUUUGGUACAGAAAAUUUCUGUCUGCAAAGAGUAGGUUACUUCUAAAAAGAUCCCUACGUAAUGAUCAGCAAGAAAAAGAAGAUGAGGUCAAUGAUAUAAUGAAGGAAGAAGAAGACGAUGAUGAAAUAAUUGAAGUGAUUCCAAAACUGAAGAAGGCCAAAGCAUAAAAAGGCACCAUUAUAAUGUGAACAUAAGUUAUUUUAUUUUGUUUUGUUUUGUAUGUAUUGGAUGUUUGCGAGCAUUGGAUUUAUAUAGUGUG